AUGGCAUCCCCCGAACCCGCAAAUAUGGAGCUCCCAGAAUCUGACUCUGAGUAUGAAGCUCUAACCCUUGGCUAUACAAUGGUGCCUAAAUUGCCUCUCCACCCAUAUCACAUGGAACAGCAUCAACGGGCAGGUGUCCUUAUCUGUGCAAUCUUCAUGGCGAGACACGAACCUACGGCUGCAGACGAGCUGUGUAAACUUCAACAGAAGCUCUCUACAGUCAACCAGGACAUCUACCAGUAUAACAUUGAUCACUGUAUCAACAUCAAGUUAGGGAUCAUUGAUAUCGGCGUAUUCCUGCAUGCCUGGGAGAAGGGCGCUUCAACGACUCAGCUGGAACAUUUCUGUCGACUGCAUAAUUACCCUGUGGAAUGGGCUUGCCUGCCCCCAGCGCCCGGCGCUGAGUACUGCCCGUACAGACCUGACUACUGGUCGAGCAGUGACUGGGUUACACCAGGGUUUAUCCUGAAAUGUUUGUGGAGCCUGCGAAUGGUAAACUCACCGGAAAGCACCAUUGAGGAUAUUGAAGGUGUCCUGAUAAGUGUUGGUUCGGACUUCAACCGCAAUGUGAACAGAUUACACAAAAUCCAUCAGCACCCCCGCCCAUGGGUGAAUGUUGGGUUUCUGGAGAUGGAUACUCUGCUUAGCUUAUACCAGGAGCUAGGAACCUACGCGUUCACUGAGCAUAUUGGACACAUUGUGAGAUGUCGCGAGAAGCUUCGGAGAGAAUGCAUGCUGAAUGGGUAUCCCGAGACCUGGGUCCCUGAUUAUGGUGCUGAUCUGGAAGAGGCGGAGGACUAG